UACUAGUCUCAACGUGAAAAAUAAUAGAAUACCUAGACGAUAGAGCUAGAAUAGAACACCUAACGUAUCGUACUAACGUCUUUUUAAUAUACACGUAGUCGACGUAAAAACAAGAUGGGAAAACGAGUUGCACAGUUAGAGAGGGCGAUUUUAUUCACGAAACUCAGCGUCGCUUUGACGUGUUCCUGGCCGCCUUCUCCUUUAGCAACUAAAAAUCGGCUUCUGUUAUUUAAUGCAUUAUGGUGUACGGCGUUUGCUAGUUCUGUGGCGUUAUUUUUACCAUUGUUGGCCGCGAUUUACGAGUACUACAAAAGUCCUAUUAUUCUUGGAAAAACAGUGAGUCUUGCCUCGGCUGUUGCCCAAGUGGUAAUCAAAAUGAUAAUAUGCCGUUUGCAGCAGAGACGUUUUCAAGUAAGUCGAUUAUUCAUGUUGUACUUCGAUAUGGAAAAUUUCUGCAAGCAUGCCACAAAAACGGAAAGAAUGGUCCUGGAGCGAUACGUGCAUAAAUAUAAAUAUUUCCAUUGCAUUUACAUACUAUGGUCUUUCAUAACCACGGCUUUCGUCAUAUGUGGCCCAUUAUACUCGUCUCAAACGUUUCCCACGCAUGCGAUAUAUCCGUUUUCAGUGAAGCACCAACCGUAUAAUAGUCUAAUUUUCUUUCAUCAAUCGUUGGUUGGUUUCCAAGCAUCGUCAGGUAUGGGCAUCGAUACUCAAGUUGCUCUUCUUUUACGAUACGCAACUGCCAGGUUCGAGCUUUUAGGAAUUCAAUUACGCAACGCGAAGACCAACAGUGAGUUCAAUGUCUGCAUACAGAAACAUAUUGAUCUUUUAAGGUAUACGAAAGAAAUCCGCCUAUCUAUCAAGUAUCUAGUUCUGGCGACAAUCGCAACAACUACUACCGCAGUGAUUUUUGGUAGCUUAAACUUAAUCGCAAAUCAACCGUUAAUUUUGAAGACACUAUACGCUACCGUAGUGUUCAGUGCCAGCGUGGAACUUUUCAUGUACGCUUGGCCAGCCGAUGGGAUGAUGCGUAUGAGUGAGAGAACUGCUACAAGCGUUUACGGCACGGCUUGGUAUAACAGAGAUAUCAGCGUGCAAAGGAAAGUAUUGCGCAUUAUUUUGAGAUCUCAAAAACUUGAAACUAUCGGGAUUAGCGGUAUUGUACCGCAACUUUCGCUGUCUCAUUACGCGAAGUAUCUAUACACAUCUUUAUCGUACUUUAACGCACUGCGUAUUAUGGUCGGAGAUCCAUCUCCACUUUAAGCUCUAUGGAGGAAAAUAUAUUACGAAAGAUAUCCAUAGAAGUAAUCGCAAAUUGUAUCUAUCAGAAUCUUCGUGAAAAUUUGUCUUUCGUAUAAACAAUAUACAUAUAUGAAGAAGUUAUGUGACGUACGAAGAUUCGGAUGGCCAAUUUACUGCAGCAAUGGAGGUUUCUUCUUUUAUUUUAUACAAACAUGAUUAUGUUACCACGAUGUUCGGGCUCGUUGUCUUUUGGAAUUAAGCUUUCUUCUAGAUUCAGUUGUCUGUAGAGUCGAUACUCAAUGCUCGAAUUCAACAAAUAUAUAUUAUGCGCCGUAACUAGACAUUUAUAGAAUAAUUUCAAACAUGUAUCUUAAUUGAGUGUGUGAUAUUUCAUUUGCAUUAUGAUAAUGGUGUGUUUAGUCUUAGACUUUUAGAUAUUAGAUCAACCGGGCGAAUGUUCGCUAUUCUGCAACUCUAGAGAAAUUUGAUAAAAUGAAAGUGCGGUUAUGCCUUUGCGACGAACAAAACUGUCAUUUAAAGGAAACGGCUGUGAUCGAAACUGUCAUUUAAACUUAACUAAACAUGUGUAAGGUGCAAGAAUGUACCAUGAAAUAAUUCGCUUAUUUUUUCGCCGAACGCUGUACGAAUGCCCGUUUGCACUAUCAUUUUCUAAUUUUACUGGAAUUUUAGUAGUGAGGGUCUAAACGCAUAAAACACAAAACCAUGUGGUCUAAACCACAUAUAGAGUGUUCGGGUAUAGGUGUCAGGAAAUUUAAGGGGUGAUUUUUGAAUCUAAAAUAAGACGGAAAUCAAAAAUAAAAAAAUUGCCUUUUCGGCUUUGUCUUUUAGUUAUUGACAAUUCAAAGUCAGCCAAAAUACCCCUGCAAGACGUAAACUGCAAUUGUUCCGCCCGCGAGUGUCUUCAGUAAGAUUACACACGCACCGUGAUUAUCGCGGCAGCGAGUGUCCACAAAAAAUACAAUAAAAUACAAUAGAUGUUCGAUAUGUUCUCCGUUUUCUUGUAAA